AGGCUUUGAGUCAGUCCACUAGCGUAAUGGCAAGCCAGCCAUUAGUGACGACUCCCCAGGAGGUCGCCAUACAGCGAGCUGCUGCUCGCAAGGCAUAACUACAGCAGGCUUUAGGAGAGAUUAAGGCUAAGAAAGAGAGAAUGAUUAGGAGAAGAGCCAGGAUGCAGCGGAGGCAAGAGGACGUCAGUGAGUUAGAGGAUAUGGACCCAACACAAAUGGAUGAUGAUGAUGUGAGAACCAUUUGGUCGGUCCCGUUAAGUGUAGUGGAAAUACAGGAUCACCAGACAGAGAUCUUACAGGACAUCCAGCAAAGUCUGGCUGUGUUAGUCGGGCGGAUGCGGGCGUCACCAUCACCGUCCGGGCCAGGUGCCUGGCCCGUUGCACAUCCUCCUCCUUUUGUCCCACUGGUGACUGGGGUAUCCCCAUAUGUAGCCCCAUCAUCGGUUGCUAUCGUUUCCCUAGGUAUGCAGUUAUCAGGAGGGCUCUCAUCAGGUCCUAGUUUGCAGGUUCCUGUACAACCAGUGUAUUCCCAACCGUCGUUGCAGAUUGCAAUUACAACGCAACCUGCUGUCUCACAGCCUGUACAGCCACAGGGUACACAGGCCCUGCAGCCAGUGCAGCCGCCUGUAUCACACGGUCCACAACCCAGUGGGAUGCAGGGACCGGGACAAACUCAGUGGGUACCAAAGACGGCCAUCGUCGCUCCUAAACCCUUCACAGGGGAUAAGAGGGGCAAAGACCUCGACACUUGGUUGAGGGCAAUGCUGGUCUAUGUCAAGUGUAAGCUCACCUUGCCGCACGAGGAAGUGCUUGUGGCUGCAUCUUACCUAGAGGGUAGUGCAACAAGAUGGUUGAGUGGUUUAGUACAGCUGCAGGGAUACGGUCAUGACUUUCGCGCUUGGGCGGUCACCCAGCAAUUGGAUGACUUCGUUAAGUUGGUGGAAGAAAGGUGGCAUGAUCCUCAGGAGGCCCAAAAGGCCACUAAUGCGAUCCAGACAUUGCACAUGAGGCAGUUCAAGUCAGUGAGGGAGGCCACCGACACUGUUGAGCGUCUGAUCUGUGUCCCUGGGGUGCACUGUGACCCCCAAGUUUUACUCACCUCCUACCUGAGAUGCUUUCCUAUGCCUCUCAGGAAUCAGUUGGCAGGCGAGGCCAACAUCAAUGUUCACAACUUUCCCUCGUUUAGCAAAAAGGCCCUAGACCUUGAGGCGAAGGGUCGCAUAAUGUUUGUCGAUAACGAUGGUUCAACCAUCGAAUUAGACGAUAACUUUCGGGAGGGAGUAGGUUCAGAGGCUGGCAGCAUUGAAGCUUUAGGGGGUGGAGUUGUUGCUGUUGUAGCUCAGAAAGGCCCUAGAGACUCUGUGUCUAUAGAUUUCAUGGACACUAAAGUGAAAAGCAGGAAUGGGAAAAGCCAAGUUAUGGUAAUUGUUGAUAGGUUCAGCAAGUUUGCUGUUUUUGUAGCAUUACCUGCGGAAGCUAAAACUGACUUAGUAAUUCGAGAAUUCUUCAAGCACUGGGUAGAGGACUACGGUCAUCCCUUGACUAUUGUUAGUGACAGAGACUCUCGGUUCACCAAUGAACAAUGGCAGCAACUAAUGAGUGUCUAUGGCUCUAAGCUGACGAUGUCGCCGGGCCGACACCCUGAGACAAAUGGGCAGACUGAGCAAAUGAAUAAGCUCUUGCAGCAGACGCUGCGUAUGUACAUUCGUCCCGACCAGAUUGACUGGGAUGAACAUUUGCCCAAAGUUGCUAGUGUCUACAACAACUCUAUGCACUUAACUACUUGCAGAACUCCGAUGGAGUUGCAUUUGGGAUGGAAUCCCCGCAGACCUAUAGACUGUCUGAACCCGGAUAGAGCACAUAAACUUUCGCCAGGGACUAGAGAGCUCGCAAUGCAAUAUCAGAAAGAUUUGGAAAAGGUAAAGGAGAACAUAAUAAAAGCGCAGCAUCAAAUGAUUGAACAGGCCAAUAAUCACAGAAGACGUUCUCAGUUUGCUGUAGGCGGUCUGGUUUGGGUAAAAUCAAAGGAGUUUAUCCGAGAAGAGAACAUAUCUCAGAAGUUGUUACCCACCUACAGAGGACCGUGGCAAGUAUUGGAUGUGAUAGGGGAUGUGGAUGGACCCUCCUAUGUUAUUGAGAUCCCACCGCACUUGCAUACCUACCCAGUGUUCCAUGCAUCAAAGCUCCUACCUUGCGUAACUAGCGAACUAUUCCCGAAUCGAAGAUCAGCAACUCCCCCAAGUAUGGAUGGGAAAUUUGAUGUUGACAGGAUUAUUGUUGAAAGUACUCUUCAGACCGGACGUAGAGGUAGACCACAGCGACAAUACCAAGUCAGAUUUGCAUAUCAAGAUCCAAGUGAACACCGCUGGUACACUAGAGAAGAGCUAAUUGAAUCUGCACCUGACAUAGUAACGUACUGUGAACGAGCAAGGGAAGGUGUCAAUGUUGUGGACAUAUAAGAUUUUCUCAGAGGACCUGGAAAUUAGGCCGGCGAGAGUAAAAGGGCCUUUACGAU